CCGGGCCCGGCCGCCCGGCGAGCCCAGCGCAAGCAGCGCCGCCGCUGCCGCCGAGAGCCGGGGGCGCGGAGCUCGGCUCUGCGGGGCCCGAGCCGAGGCGCGUGCGGGCCAGAGCCUGCGGGCCAGCUGAAGCGCCGCCGGGGCGGGGGCCGGGCCGGGCUCGGGAUGGCGCAGCCGCGGCCCCCUGCGCCCCUCGGUCGUCCGCGUAGGGGCUCGUUGCCCGUUGGGGCCGUCUGGCAGAACACAGACCUGUUUGAAAUGAUUGAAAAGAUGCAGGGAAGCAGGAUGGAUGAACAGCGAUGCUCCUUCCCACCACCACUCAAAACGGAAGAGGACUACAUUCCCUACCCGAGUGUCCACGAGGUCCUAGGACGAGAAGGGCCCUUCCCCCUCAUCCUGCUGCCCCAGUUUGGGGGCUACUGGAUUGAAGGCACCAACCAUGAAAUCACCAGCAUCCCCGAGACAGAGCCGCUGCAGUCACCCACAGCCAAGGUGAAAUUAGAGUGCAACCCCACAGCCCGCAUCUACCGGAAGCAUUUUCUUGGCAAGGAGCAUUUCAAUUACUACUCGCUGGACACUGCCCUCGGCCACCUUGUCUUCUCGCUCAAGUAUGAUGUCAUCGGGGACCAAGAGCACCUGCGGCUGCUGCUCAGGACCAAGUGCCGGACUUACCACGAUGUCAUCCCCAUCUCUUGCCUCACUGAGUUCCCCAAUGUGGUCCAGAUGGCCAAGCUGGUGUGUGAAGACGUCAAUGUGGAUCGAUUUUACCCUGUGCUCUACCCCAAGGCUUCCCGACUCAUCGUCACCUUCGAUGAGCAUGUCAUCAGCAAUAACUUCAAGUUCGGAGUCAUUUAUCAGAAGCUGGGGCAGACCUCCGAGGAAGAGCUCUUUAGCACCAAUGAGGAGAGCCCCGCCUUCGUGGAGUUCUUGGAAUUCCUUGGCCAGAAGGUCAAACUGCAGGACUUCAAGGGGUUCCGAGGAGGUCUGGACGUGACCCAUGGGCAGACGGGGACCGAGUCUGUGUACUGCAACUUCCGCAACAAGGAGAUCAUGUUUCACGUGUCCACCAAGCUGCCCUACACAGAAGGCGACGCCCAGCAGUUGCAGCGGAAGCGGCACAUUGGCAAUGACAUCGUCGCAGUGGUCUUCCAGGAUGAGAGCACGCCCUUCGUGCCUGACAUGAUCGCCUCCAAUUUCCUGCACGCCUACGUGGUGGUGCAGGCCGAAGGCGGCGGUCCCGACGGCCCCCUCUACAAGGUCUCUGUCACUGCAAGAGAUGAUGUGCCCUUCUUUGGACCCCCUCUCCCAGACCCUGCUGUGUUUAGGAAGGGCCCUGAGUUCCAAGAAUUUUUGCUGACAAAGCUGAUCAAUGCUGAAUACGCCUGCUACAAGGCAGAGAAGUUUGCCAAACUGGAGGAGCGGACCCGGGCCGCCCUCCUGGAGACCCUGUAUGAGGAACUGCACAUUCACAGCCAGUCCAUGAUGGGCCUGGGCGGGGACGAGGACAAGAUGGAGAAUGGCGGCGGCGGUGGCGGCUUCUUCGAGUCUUUCAAGCGGGUCAUCCGGAGCCGCAGCCAGUCCAUGGAUGCCAUGGGGCUGAGCAACAAGAAGUCCAGCACGGUGUCCACCAGCCACAGCGGGAGCUUCACACCCAACAACCCCGACCUGGCCAAGGCAGCUGGAAUAUCAUUGCUUAUUCCUGGGAAAAGCGCGAGUAGAUUCGGACGCCGGGGCAGUGCCAUAGGCAUAGGAACCGUGGAAGAGUCGCUGAUUGUGCCCGGGAAAAGCCCCACGAGGAAGAAGUCGGGGCCAUUUGGCUCGCGCCGCAGCAGCGCCAUUGGCAUUGAGAACAUCCAGGAGGUGCAGGAGAAGAGGGAGAGCCCCCCAGCUGGCCAGAAGACCCCAGACAGCGGGCACGUGUCCCAGGAGCCCAAGUCAGAGAACUCAUCUACACAGAGCUCCCCAGAGAUGCCAACGACAAAGAACAGAGCGGAGACAGCGGCCCAGAGAGCUGAGGUGCUGAAGGACUUCUCCCGCUCCUCGUCCAGUGCCAGCAGCUUCGCCAGCGUGGUGGAGGAGACGGAGGGCGUGGACGGGGACGACACAGGCCUGGAGAGUGUCUCGUCCUCGGGGACGCCCCGUAAGCGGGACUCGUUCAUCUACAGCACGUGGCUGGAGGACAGCAUCAGCACCACCAGCGAUGGCAGCUCCCCAGUGAGGUGGCUCCCUCCUGCCUUCCUCCCCAGGCCCCUCGCGGUCACCCCACCCAGACACUGGCAAGUCGGGGGACCCUACCUAUCCCGAGAUCAAGAUUCAACUGGAAACGUCUGAGCAGCACACGUCCCGGCUGGGCUGUUAGCCAGGCCACCCCCUGCAGAUGAGGCUGCAGAAGCACAAGCUGAAGAUGCUGUGUCAAGUUCAAGUUCAGGCGGACGGGACUUCUGCGCCCAAGGCCCGCACCGGCCGCUGGUGGCCUCCUGCUCCCUCCCUCCCCUGGCCCCCCAACCUGGGCUGUCUCUGCAGGGCAGAGCCAUCCAGACCUGGGAGCCUGGAAGCUGUGAGCCUCACCCCCACCCCCCAGGCUGGGGGUGUGGGCUGGGGUAAGGUUCUGCUCACCCCUCCCAUGGGGUCUCCAUCAGCUCUGGGGGACCUCCGGCCUCAGGGGAGCAAGGUGGGAGAGGGGGAGCCUUCCUCGGAGUGUGCUGAUGGAGUGACCACUGGAGUGAAAGUGGUCACUUUCUAAUUUGGGUUCUGCUGUGUGACUCUGAGCAAGUCAUUCUCCCUCUCUGGUCAUCUCUGCUACAGACAGAUUAUUUCAGAGGUCCCUGAAAACUGUGAUUCCACGCACCUGUCCCAGGAGAAGGCUUGUCCUCCCCCAGGGCUUCCCCUCAACGCUACUCGCUGCUUCUCCAAGUCCCUGGCCCCAGGUGGGCUGAGGGGGCAGGGAGCUGGUUAUGCCCCUUGCCCCUGCUGGACCCUCAAGCUCUGCCACAGAUCUGCCAGUACCCUGUCCACUGCCUCCACGUGACAGAUGAGAGUGACCCCCUCAUGGCAAAGGGGAUCCCCUGGCUCAUCAGCCAGCGCCCAGCUUCACCCCUGCCAUCCCAUGCUCCCAGGCUCCCUGGCUAAAGGCUCUCUGCUGCCUGGCCACCGUGAGUCCCCACCCUUGUGUGUGUCUGUCCACACUUUUUAGGCGCCCAAGGCCAACCCUCCAGCACUACCUGUUUUGGAAGCCCUCAUGGCCAUGUGUACGUUGGUAACAGUUGUACAAAAUAAAUUCUAUUUAUCGCUAUUGUA